UGGGAAGGGCUCAUAAGCAAGCAUUUCACGGUGAAGUCUACACCUGUUAUAUUCGGCGCAUGUGACAAAGAAACAUUUAUUUGAUUUACAAGGACAAAGGUGUUGUAAUUGUGGUGGGGAUCAUGAUCCAGAGUUCCUGGAGUGCCCUGUAAGGGUGAAGGAGAUUGACUGCUAACUUUUGACACCUCAAUCAAAUUUCCUAUGCGAUUUAAAGAGGUGAGAAAACAAGCGACUCUUACGAAGAUAUUGUAGUGGAUGCACCACAGCCUGUAGUACAAUUUUGCUGCCAGGUGGUGUUCAUUGCCAGUUCAAAACUGUACGGCUCAAGUGUCAAAGAAACUGGACAUUAUUGUGGCUGCAGCAGAAAAGUAGUUUGGACUUCUGAUCAUUUUGAGCCUGUGUAGGGGUCAGAUCUGUUUUACUUUUAACAGAAAAGUAGUUUGAUUUAGUUUAUUUAUUUUGGUCGUUUGUAUGAAUAUAUCCUGUUUCCAUCCUACUCAGUAGGUGGCGACAUGCACACUAAAUUGUGUUAAAGCCAAUAUACCAUUGAAGAAGAAGAAGUAGUAAACGGAAGUAAACGUUGACCAAGAACACUUUUCACGUUAGCGUUUUUGGUGUUGUUAUUUAGACCUUUAUUAACACCAUGGAACUUAAAAUAUGACCAAUUGAACUGCACAUCAUCACAUACUUACCACAGGUAGUCGUUAAUUCGCGUUGGAGACAGGGCUUGGUUGAUGAUAUCUAGCUAGGUGGUAACGUUAACUAACAAUGGCCAAUUGUGUGGGUUUUCACACUCAGAUAGCCUCCAUCAUGGAGGUUCUAGCGAAUGCAGCCGUGGCAGAGAUCUGUAAACUCGUAGACGACGACUAUGCAGUGUUUCGUCUGGAAGUAACUCAAAGCCAGAAAGAAAACAGGGGAUUGCGGAGGAAACUACAGUUACUGGAACUGAAGGUGGCACGGGAGCGCGCAGAGAGGACAACGCGAGAGCGCGUCCUCGCCAGUCGUCCCAGUAGUGUCAAGAUCCUCGACCGAUACAGAGGAAUGGCAAGAGGUGAAGGACAUCUCACUGGAAGCCACAAGAGCUUUGUGAAGCCAGCGGGACACAAUACAUUGAGAGAUGACCAACCAAUUACUGUUGAUGAGGGGAGUGGAACCUCAACCCAGCACGUUAUUGUGAUAGAGGCUGCAGGUCCUGGGGUCAAGCAGGAGAGGACUAAAGGAGAGAAGGAGCCACGGCACAGCAGAGACAUCCAGACUAGAGAGCCCCCUGUAGCCGUGGAGGACCCCACCUCCGCCCCAGCGCCAUGUAGGACCCGACCCAGCAUCACCGAGGUCAGUGGAACGCCGAACAUCGUCCUCAAGUCAGAUACAGACACAGAGACUUUAACUGCAACACACAGGCUCUUACACACAGGAUCUGACCACAGACCAGACCCAGAGAGACUGGGGCUCGGGCCACUGGGCUGUCCUCCUGCUCCUGGUUCAGAGUACUUACCCGUAUUUCACCAGAGCCAAAGAACGGUUCAUUCCCGUGGAGAUUGUGAUGGUGACACGUUAGACACUGGUGGGGAUGUUCCGUCUUGUUCUUACGCAACAGAGAUGGACCCUGACAACAUGCCCUUGGGUUUAGACACACAGGCUGAUCUGUCCAGAGGGGACUGGAACCAUUACAGUAGUAGUGGAUUCUCUGAAGGGUGCCUAAAUAAGAAAGGGGGGGUUAUAGUCAUAGAUGAAGUGACUGUGAAAGUGGAGGGUGACUCUCCUCUGACCUUGAAUGCAGACGAGACUCACUUAGGGGAAGGACACUCACAAGGCAGAGAUUUCUUAGAUUACAGGGAAAGCUUAGAGACAAAUCCAAACGUCGCAACCCACUCCCCUUUACACACGCUCAGGGAUCGGGACCCAGUGUCUACGUUGAUGGGGCCUUCUGAUUCACAGGGCUGCAUCCUUUUUGAUCAGGUAUUGAACUCAAAGGACCAAAGGGCCAAUGGGAGGGGAGGGGGAGCAACAUCAGGCAGUAGUAAAGAGAAACGGUUCCUCUGCAUGUUCUGUAACAAAGGCUUCAGCUGCCUCCAGAAGGUGGAGAUCCACCAGAGGGUCCACACAGGGGUGAAACCCUUCAGCUGUACCCAGUGUCACAUGCGUUUUGCUGAGGCUGGCAAUCUGAAGAGGCACCAGAGGGUCCACACAGGGGAGAAACCCUUCAGCUGUACCCAGUGUCAUAUGCGCUUCUCCCACUCGUCCAGCAUGAAGAGGCACCGGAGGGUCCACACAGGGGAGAAAUAUUAAAGCUGCCCCGAGUGUGAGAAGAGGUUUUUCCAUCAGAACUAGCUGAAGAUGCACAUUUAGGUCCACAUGG